CAUCUCCCCUGCCCUGGCGCCCAAGUCUCACGUGCCCCGGGCCCCGGCAUCUCCCCUGCCCUGGCGCCCAAGUCUCACGUGCCCCGGGCCCCGCUCUGACCCCUGGUUACGGUGCUUGUCUCACCCGCCUGAGGCACUGCAGUCAUCUCACCCUGGGUGUGUCUCAUCCACACGGCUGCUGACCUCCAGGACUUCGAUGUGGAAAACCCCAGCUCAGGCUCCACCCCAGUGCUCUGCCUGGCCAACAGUGCACCCUGUCCCUAGGCUGGCCUGGGGCCCCCAAGGCUGGUGUUGCAUGAGUGCGCUGCUGGCCGGCCAGCUUACAUAUUUCUGCAUGCCCUGGGCCUCCAGGCGCAGAUCUGGCCUCUUGGUGGCGAAUCUUCUGGUUCUUCAGUGGCAGAGGGUCCCUCCUCAACCUUUGAUUCCCAUAAAUACAGAAGUUGUAUAAGCAUCUAUCUCUAUCUGGGAGCAGAUGCCUAGGAGUUUGGUGGUGGAGUGAGGGACCCUGGCUGUGGUGAGGAUGAGCAGUGCUCCCCACCCCGCCCGGUGGCCUCUGGCCGCCCUCUGCGCCAUUGUGCACCUGGCUCCUCUGUUGUUUGAGGCCUGUCCACACCCAUGUCUCCUCACACCUGUGCCCCCAGGGCCUGUCCAGCCUGAAUGUCCCCUGGAGGAGCCCCUUGGCUCACCACAGCGGCUCUUUGAAGCUGGAUCUAGAGUGAGUUGUCCUUUGGCUGUUUUUAAAUUGUCAGUGUUAAAUAGCGCAGGGCCUUGUCAUCUAGGAGGCAUGUAUGGGACGGUGAAGACCCUGCUUGCCCUUGGGCCUUGGUACCCUUCCUGGGUCAGCCAAGCAGGCACCAGCAAGGCGGGUGUCCUCAGGGCCUCCGCUUCAGCCAGUGCGUCACAUAAGUGAUCUGCACUUGGAAAUUUCAUUCAGAGGAACAUUUCCAUCUGGUCCAGGACAAUGAAAUUGUGUCACCAGUGGUCGAGGAAAGGAAGGGAGAGAGCGCUCUGGUUUGAACUUGGAGAGCUGGAGCGGUCCGGUCCCAGGGCUCAUGGCAGUGUGCGUUCUCUCAUGGACCCUGUGAGCCAGUGUCGGGUCUGUCCUGCAGAGCAGGAAGGUUAGGCAUGGGGCACCUCUGGGUUUUGGCCUACCUGGCCUUCUCCCCAUGUGGGUUGGCACUGUCUUCACAGGGGGCCGGAAGGGUUUGUACUGUAGCAACCUGCAGUCCCCUGAAACAUGGGGAGUGUGCUCCCCUCCCAGGAGCCUUCAGGGAUGGCCCGGGGCACAGUGCUGGGGAGUGUGCUCCCCUCCCGGGAGAGUUCAGGAAUGGUCAGGGGUUCAGUGAUGGGGAGUGUGCUCCCCUCCCUCCCGGGAGUGUUCAGAGACAGCCCAGGGCGCAGUGAUGGAGACAUUUGCUCCCCCCCGAAGGAGUGGUCAGGGACAGCCUGGGGUGCAGUGAUGGGCAUGUCCCUGUCCCCAGGGCUCGGCAUCUCGUGGGGCCUCUGAUGACAGCGUGUGCAGCUGCAGCUGCCCCAGCCUCGACGUCCGUCACCAAUGCUGAGAAGCGAUUCCAAAAUCUGGAGCUGUGGGAAGCCUCUCUGAGACGUGCUGUGUGGCGGUUGCCGUCAUCUGCACAUUUCUUCUUCCGAGUGUUUCAUCUUGAAGUUCCAUUAUAAACCAAGGCCUCAGAAUCCCUGUCGGGGCGUUGGCAUCUGCGGGUCUGGCCCCGGCCCUGCCAUGCACCUUGGGCUGCCCCAUGGCGAAGCCUCCCUCUCCUGUGUGCUCCACGCCUCCCGCAGCUGCAUACGUGGCAUCCAGAGCCACCAAACUCUGAAGUCUCUCCAGCAAGGCGUUGACGAGGCUGUGUCCUCGUUUCUGCCCCUUCUGAUGCCCCAAACCCCUGUGAAUGGCACAGUACAGUCACCUGCACCGCCAGCCAGGUUGCAGAACACAGGCUCCUGCCUUGAGCACCAGCCUGGCUGUGGAUCUGAGUGAACUCUGAGGGGGAGGGCAGCUAAGAGGCGCCAUGCCCACCUCUGCCUGGUGCUGGGGCACCUGCGUCACUCCACACCAGCAUCAGGGUGUCCAGCAGGCAAUGAGCAAUUAACACGAGUGCAUCUGGUGAGGCGCCAGGGCAGGAGUGGGUGGGACCCCAGGGCUGGUGCCUCUGGGUUGCAGGCACUCAGGUGCCCCUCAGGUCUCAGUGCAGUGUGACUGAUCACCAAGGUGACCGUGCACACCAGAAGGGGAGGAAGCUACAGCUUUCCUGAUACCAGGGGCUCACCCUGCUGGCUUCAUGCACACCCGUUUCUCAGAGCUGCUGCCCUGGCCGCUGGGCGAGGGCACAGCGCCGUGACCAGAGGCACAAGCCAUAGACAGCCUAUAGGGCCUACAGACCGCAGCGGGAAGCAGUGGCUCUGCCCUGGAGGCAUCGGUGAGGGUGGCCGCUGGGGCCAAAGCUGCUUUGAGGUUUUGUCUGUCAGGGCUGAGCCGGACGCAUCCUGUGGGUUCCGAGUGUGGUCCCAGCCCCAGGCCAGGUUGCGUCUUCUCCCCGAUGUGCCGCCUCUUGGGGGCAUUCCUGGGAGACAGCCGGCCUCGGGUUCUGCUCCAGAAGGUGGUGCCCUGGGUUCUUCCCCAAGGGUCGCACCCUGUCCAAUGGGCGGGGCCCAAGAGCGUCUCCAGUGAUUGGGCCAGUGCUGUCUGUAUCACAGGAAGGAGGGCAGCAGCCAUGAAAGUGAACAUUCCCCAAGAGCUGCCCCCCAGCCCCCAAGCAGAGCGCACCAGGCUCCCCACAGCCGUGCUCUGUCCCUGGAAGGCCCGGCCCAGCAGGGGUGGAAACAACACCGGAGGCGGAUGGGAGUCCCAGCUUCUGGAGACCGGGUUCCUGGGCAUCUUCCUCUGCCCACUGUGGACGCUGUCAAGGCUGCCCCGGCACACUCCCACGUCCCGGAUCGUCCUGUGGGGCUUCCGCUGGCUGAUUUUCAGGAUCAUGCUUGGGGCGGGCCUGAUCAAGAUUCGGGGGGAUCGGUGCUGGCGAGACCUCACUUGCAUGGACUUCCACUAUGAGACGCAGCCAGUGCCCAACCCCAUGGCAUACUACCUGCACCGCUCACCCUGGUGGUUCCACCGCUUCGAGACACUCAGCAACCACUUCAUCGAGCUCCUGGUGCCCUUCUUCCUCUUCCUCGGCCGGCGGGCGUGCAUGGUCCACGGGGUGCUGCAGAUCCUGUUCCAGGCCGUGCUCAUCGUGAGUGGGAACCUCAGCUUCCUGAACUGGCUGACCAUGGUGCCCAGCCUGGCCUGCUUCGAUGAUGCUGCCCUGGGAUUCUUGUUCCCCUCCAGUCCGGGCAGCCUGAAGGACCGAGUUCUGCGGAUGCAGAGGGAAACCCGAGGCACCCAGCCUGAGCCCAGAUUUGGCUCGGUGGUGCGGCGUGCAGCCAACGUCUCGCUGGGCGUCCUGCUGGCCUGGCUCAGUGUGCCCGUGGUCCUCAACUUGCUGAGCUCCAGGCAGGUCAUGAACACCUCGUUCAACCCUCUGCGCAUUGUCAACACCUACGGGGCCUUCGGAAGCAUCACCAAGGAGCGGACGGAGGUGGUCCUGCAGGGCACUGCCAGCCCCAAUGCCAGUGCCCCUGACGCUGUGUGGGAGGACUACGAGUUCAAGUGCAAGCCGGGAGACCCCAGCAGACGGCCCUGCCUCAUCUCCCCCUACCACUACCGCCUGGACUGGCUCAUGUGGUUCGCCGCCUUCCAGACCUACGAGCACAACGAGUGGAUCCUCCGCCUGGCAGGCAAGCUGCUGGCCGGCGACACCGAGGCCCUGUCCCUGCUGGCACACAGCCCUUUCGAGGGCAGGCCCCCGCCCAGGUGGGUCCGAGGAGAGCACUACCGGUACAAGUUCAGCCGCCCCGGGGGCAGCCACGCCUCGCAGGGCAAGUGGUGGGUGCGGAAGAGGAUCGGCGUCUACUUCCCCCCACUCAGCUUGGAGGAGCUGAGGGCCUAUUUCAGGGACCGGGGGGAGCCUCUGCCUGAGCCCCUCUAGGCGUGCACCAGAAAUAAAGGCGAAGACCCAGCCCUGCAGCUGCUCAGCGACAUCUGCCCUUCCCUGGGCCUGACCCCAGCCCGGCAUCGCCAAGAGGGACACGGAGAGAAGAGCAGUGGGGACCCCACAUCCAGGCCAACCCUUGGCCCAGGCGCCAACCUUCUCAGGGAGCUCUGUUCUCCCGUCCACCUGGCCCAGCCUGGGGCUGUUGCACCCCAAGAAUCGGGACAGUGGCCAGCUUCAGGCCACAGAGCUCUUGGGGUCCCUAACAUCCUAGGGGCUAGUUUCUAUUCACCCCUCCACAGUGUGGUCCCAGCCAGGCCCUCAGAGCCCAGUCCCCAUGGUGUCUGGGGCAGCCCAGCACUCAUCCCACAGGGACCUGGAUGCGCCCGGCCAGGAUGUGGAGUUGGGGGAUGGGCCUCACCGUCUCCACCACCCCUGCAGAGCCUCCUCGAUCCCCACACCUGCAGGCGCACACAUGCCGUCGUCAGGGACACAGCUGGGCGCACGUGCAUUCAGGAACAUUUCCUCCCUGGUGACUGGGGUCUGCGGGGCAGACGGACACUCAGCGUUGCCAGCCCAGCCCUCCAGGCUACAGCCAUGCUGUCUCUGGGGCCUUGACGAAGCCUGAAUUGGAGGACAGCCUCUCUGACACCUUCCAUCGUCAGGGGACAAACAGCACCUCGUGCAUAUUUUUCUGUUACUCCUGUUGUACCAUUGACCAGAGUGCUUGAAAACAAGCUGCUUCGAUGCAGAA